UAUGGAAAAGCUUACUCCUAGAUCUAGGAGGAAAGGAGCACUUCCACAAGGAAAUUUGGUGGUGGAUGAAUCAAUUAGGAAAUCCGAACUUGAAGAGGAUUCUCUACCAAGCGAACGUUGUAUUGACCGCACACCGUUGUCUCCAAAGCCGGAAAUUCUUACCGAUCUCGACCUAAGCGACGAAGAAAACGGUAAAGUGAAACCCGUUGCUGUAUGCCAUUUACCCCGUUCAGCCGUUAAAACCUUAACCGAAACUAAUGAAAUUCAACAAGCGGUAAAAACCGCAAACGAUUCAACAAGCAUUCUAAUCGACGUCGAAGUUCACGAAACUGGUGAAAAUGACACCAAUACAAAAGCAUUAGUUGUUCGCGAAUCAUCUAGCUCCGUUAAGGUUAUUGCAAAUGGAUGCAAAACAGAAACAAAUCUAUUUAGCGUUAUAGAAGAGCUGCAUGCCAGCGAUGCUUCCAUGGAAGCAAAUAGAACUGCACCUGUUAUAGUUAAUGAAAAACUGGCUACUAAACCCAAAAUAAAAUCUAGUACGCCUAGUACAGAUUCUCGGAAGAAAGUAGGCACAAGACAAAAGUCAACGCCAAUUAUGGCUAAAAAAUUUAGUAGUCCUAUUCAAAGGAGUACACCGCAACGUUUACAACGUUCCGAGAGUGAGGAUAAAUCCAAGGCCAUUAAGAAAAAAGGAAAGGUUGUAUCCUCUCGCUAUCGAACACCUUUAGUCGGUACUGAAAGAGUUGCGAAUAAUACAAUAUCUUCGCUGAGAAGUAAACCGAAAUCAGCCAGCCUAACGGAAAUGCCACGAUCAACAAAGAAUCCUGUUAUAGUUUCCUCUGAAAGGAUACCAUCAAAACGCGUUGGAACUUCGACCCCUAAUACGUCGAGUGCGCAAUUUAAUAUAUCAGAUACAAGCGCAAUUCUCGAUUGUAAUUUUGACGUUUCGGAAUUAAGUAAAAUACAUUCAAUAUCAGACCAGUCGAAAAAUCAGGAUGAAGUCUCUCAAAUAGAACUCGAUCUUAUCUAUCAUCGCUAUCUUCAAAUUGUUUAUUUAUUAGAAAAAUGUAAAUGUUCGUUCGAAAGUCAGGAAAGGCAGGCUAUGGCUCAAUUAGACACUUUAUUUUUAAUGGUAGAGGAAAAGAACGAAAGACUAUAUCAAUUAAGAACGGAAGUUGAAAAUUUGAAAUCAUACAAUCUCGUUCAGAAAUCUGUUCAAUCUCAGUUAAAAAGUCUAGCUACUGUUGAUAAUUUAAUAACAAAGGCUACGGAUCAGUUAAAUACAAUGGAAGAAUGUUUAGAAAAGAGCGCUAACCAAAUUCAUACUAAAGAGGUGAUUAUUCCAAACGAUCAGGAGAAUUUUCACAAAAAUAUAACUAAAUGCUUAUUGCAAAUGGAGGAGACAUUGGAGGACAUUGAAAGGAUAACGAAGCCAAUCGCAGCAGAGUUUUGUAAAAGAUUGUCAUGUUGUUAUGGGCAUGUUGUAGAUCGUGUUCAAAAUGACAGAAAAGUCUCCUUGGAAUGUCAAAUUUUAUUAGAUAAUCUAUCGGAUACAUGUCAACAAGAGUUAUCAUUAAGAGCUCAAGCUCUCCUUUAA